GGUUCUUGUCACGAAAUACUGAAUGUCAGAUAAUUGAACAUAUUCUUUGGAUACGGAUACAUCCGGUCUCUUUUAGGUUACUACUUAGGGUAAUAAAUGAUUCAUCACUAUUGGACACAGAGGCCUACGAAGGGGGAAGGCUUUUCGAUUUUAUCCAUAACAGUUUGAAACUACUAGUUAUUGGAGGUUGAACUGCUUUAAACAAUGGAUUUUUAGCCACAUCUUAAGGUCUUCGUGUUACUGCGCUGACAUCAAUUUCUCAUCUACGUUGCAGUAAAGUGAUGAACAGCAGGUUCGGGCGCAAAAAGACUAAAAAUCCCCCCUACUUUUCUCAUGAAUUCAUUAUUACAAAUCAUGGGGACAUUGUCAGUGUUUUGGCGAUGCUAAUCAUCGUUGGUUUGCUGCACAAGGGAACCCAUGUUUUAUCUUCAUCUUUCAUAUUCAUCCAGUACAACAACACCGACGAAAACCAAGAAAAUGCCUUAUUAUACAGCCCAGGAGGAAAAGAUUUAUGCGUAAUAUUUUUUUACACUCUUAUAUGUAUCGUGUCACAUGCUGUACUUCAAGAGUAUCUCUUUGACAAAGUGACUCGAAAGUUAAGUUUGACAAAGGUUCGGCUAGCUAAAUUCAACGAAUCUGCCCACCUUGCAUGCUUUUAUGCUUUGUCCACAGUUUGGGCCGCUUACAGUAUUAUUAACGAAGGUUUUAUAGAAAAUUUGAGUAGUUUGUGGGAUAAUUAUCCACAGAGAUGGUUGCCAUUCUGGAUCAAAUUGUUUUUCAUCACUCAAAUUUGCUACUGGCUUCAUGACUAUCCAGAGCUUUAUUUUCAGCGUGUAAAAAAAGAACUCAUACCUGCACGACUGUUUCAUGCAACAAUGUAUCUUCUCGGCAUAUCUUUGGCUUAUGUUGGAGGAUUAACUAAAUUAUGUAUGGUAGUUCUUGUUCUUCACUACGGUACUGAUUUCUUCUUGCAUGUUUCUCGGGCAUUGCACCUUGCGGAGUAUAAGUUUGCAUCCAUUGGUUUCACAAUAUGGAAUUUGACUUUUAUACCAGUGCGGAUGGCAUGCGUAAUCCUUGGUUUUCUCACUUUGCAUCAUGGCUUAGGAAAAUAUUCUGUUACGUUGGUGAGAAUCGCCGAUGGGAAUUUCAAUACUCCAUCCAUAAGAAUUGCUGCAAUGCUAUUUUUCUUCACUACACAAGCUUUAAUGGUAUGGAAUUUCAUAACCUUCCAUCAACGGCAUCGUAGAGACAAGCAACAAUCACAUACUUCUAAGAGUUGGUUCUUUACUAGUCAAGAUUCUGGACAGCGGAAAAAGGAGAAGAGAAAAGUUAAACGGGAAGACGAAGACACUAGCGAUCAAACGGAAACUGAUCAGAAUCCACAACAAAAGGAAUUAAAACGACGAAAGCCGAUCAAAGUGCGUUCACAGUAACCUACAAAGCUACGUGUAUGAUCUUCUUUCUACUUUCAUUGAAAGUUUUCUAAGUUGUUUCCGCUAAUUUUAUCUACUUGUUUUCCUCUUGUAAAUCUAGACUACUUUCAUAUUAAGAAUAAAAGUCCUUUUUCUUGUUUAACUGAACAAUAGGAAUGCUUAUUUUUAAUGUCAAGUUGUUACCACAAAUUAAAAUAUUUUACAGUUUAAUUGACGAUUUUGUUUUUCAACAUCUCUGUUGCUUUACUCUAGCCAAUUUUCCUUUUCUUUUUUUUGAGAAGCUUUGUAUGUGCUAGUAAAUUAAUCCAACAAUUGUAUAAUAUUUAUAGUUCGAGUAUACGUUACACUUUUGGUAUUUAUUCUUUCUUGUAAUACAGGCCAUGAUUAGUAUGAUAGGGGACUAAAACUGAAUCACAAGAAGUGAGAUGAUAUCAACUUGGCGAUGGUAAAAUUAUUUAGGCAAUAAACGAGUAAACAUAGUCGAAUGUAGGCUAAGUUAAAACAUAACCAUAAUAAACUUCUCUCAGUUAAAUGGGAUAUUCAACUGUUCAAAAUAAGAUCAUAAAUAACUCCCUUACUAAAUCAUCCAACAACACAUGAAGCUAUUGUUUUACGCAAUAUACGAGACCCCAUCAAUGGAUUCUAAUUCGUAAGGCUGUUUUUCUAACUGACCGCCUCUCCUACCUAGUCCCAGCGUUGGUAAAAGUAAUGCACAAGUGUACGAUGCUUAAACGUUGCUAGGGCUCAAUAUUGUUAACACAGUAUUGGCGACAGGUGUGAAUUAUCCACCGUAGCGACUGCAGGUACAGACUAUUGAUAAUGUAGUGUCGGUUACUAUGUUAAACCCAUGUAACUUACUGUAGCUCCUGGACAGGCCAAUUUAUCCACUCUUCUUGAGUCACGUUUUGACCUUGUUAAUUAUUCACUUAUCAACUCUGACUUUCUAUAUGAGCGUAUGUGUGUGUACACUUCUUAUCCUAUUCAUCAUAUGUCUCUAGCUUACUUUUGUGUGACUAUAAGUAUUGGUUAAUGCUUGGCUAAGUGAAGUUGGCUCACAGGCCUUCCCCACCGUGCGUUAUUUCGCUUCGCUUCUCCGAUUUUUUGUCUGGAUCAACGAUUAUAUGAAAUAUAAUUACUCGGAAUUCAUUCUCAUAUUUGAUCAAUGCGAUUUAAGUCGAUAAUUACAUACAAGGAUAGCCUACAUGUGUAUUUCGAUAGCAAUCAGUCAUACAAUGUUACUGGAGUCAGAUAAAGGUCCACAAAAGUGGUGAGCCUAUCGACAACAUCGUUCGAUCUAAUUGACGUCUAAAUGUAUGAUCCCACUAAAAUAAGGCAAAGUAGAAGCCAUAUUUACGGAUGUUUCACGCUAACUUAUUGAGUUUCGUUUAAGUAGACUAAAUCACAUAACAAGACCUUUACGUACUUGAGAGCUAAGCAUUCGGAAACAUAAUUACAACUCAAGUGAAAUCCCACACUGGGUUUGUUGCAAUAGCAUCAGACAAAAAGUUGGAAAAAACGGCGACAUAGGGUUACCCCGUCUUAUUUCACUGUUGUUCUCGAUGAUCGCAGAGAUAUGACUGUAACUUUGUGAUCUUCCUAAUGUAUCUUUGCACAAGGCCUAUAAUAUUUGAGUAAAUAUUUCCAGAGUACAGUGCUAACUAAUGAAUUGACGGUUUAUCCUUUAUCGAAACUUCAUAAACGGCUUUUUUAAUGCAUAUGGGAUAGAUGGCCAGGAACCGAACGAUAAUUAUUCCACAAUUUAGAGAAAUUCAC